GACAGGGCGCAAACACAGAAUUCUCUCUGCGCAGUGGAGCCUGUGCUCGCAAUAGUGACAGUAAUUUUUUUUUUAUACAAAUAUAUAUAUAUACACACAUAUAUAUAUAUUAACCGUACCUCGAGACAGGAAACCACGCGGGAAGACAGACAAUCGUUACCAUGAGGACGUACUACUACGUGAUUGCCGCCAUUCUGAUCGCCGCCGCGAACGGCCAAGAAUCCUUCAAAUGUCCAGACGACUUUGGCUUCUACCCUCACCACAUAUCCUGCGACAAAUACUGGAAAUGCGAUAACAAUGCGGCGGAGCUGAAGACAUGCGGCAAUGGUCUCGCCUUCGAUGCCUCUGAUAGCAAGUUCCUCACCGAAAACUGCGAUUACCUUCACAACGUUGACUGCGGCGAGAGGACGCAACUGGAACCAGCGAUCAGCACUCCCCACUGUCCUCGUCUCUAUGGUAUAUUCCCCGACGAGAAGAAAUGCGACGUCUUCUGGAACUGCUGGAACGGAGAGGCGUCCAGGUACCAGUGUAGCCCUGGACUCGCUUACGAUCGCGAAGCCAGAGUUUGCAUGUGGGCUGAUCAAGUGCCUGAAUGCAAAAACGAAGAGGUCGCAGGAGGUUUCGCGUGCCCGGCUGCAGGCGAAGUGAGCGGAGCAUCCGGCAGCUUCAGCAGACACGCCCAUCCUGAAGACUGCAGAAAAUAUUACAUAUGCCUCGAGGGUAUCGCCAGAGAAUACGGUUGCCCGAUCGGUACCGUCUUCAAGAUCGGUGACGCCGACGGAAGCGGCGCCUGCGAGGAUCCGGAAGACGUUCCUGGAUGUGAGGAUUACUACGGUGACUUGGACCUGAAGAGCAUUAGGAAGAGCGAGCUUCUAACCGGAAUUCAACAUUCUGGCGACAACAGGAAGACUCAGGGUAAACCGAGGCCCCCGUCGGCACCUGCGAGGCCCAACGCACCCCUUCAAGAAUAAUCUCUAAAUCUUUAUCCCCAUCGCCUUAUCACACUUACCUACCCCUAUCUACCUCCAUCCUACCCAUCCCUCUUUACCCGAUACUCUUUCUUCUAUCACACACCUACACACGCGCGCGCACACAACACACAACUCAUACAAUCUCGAGAGAACAUGAUGUUCGAUACCUCGGAAUACACUGGCCGAUAAAAAUAAAGAAACAGAAUGAUUAGUUUAAAAUUAUUUCAAAAAUUCAAUACAGAAUGUUAUACAGCUUAGGACCACGUGUAGAGUUUCUCCGACCCUAGGCAUACGAAUGAAAAUUAUGCAAAUAUUUUUUAAUUACAUUUCAAAGUCCAAGGUAAUUAUAAGCACCUAUGUGCGGGCCCCGGGCACGCGAUUUAUUUUGCCUAGCGGUAGACACGGUCCUGUAUAAAAUCAUUUAUUUUUCGUAGUUUAAGUAAGAUUAAUUUAUUCCCCUUGUUUGAAGUGAAAUUGAUUUGUUUCUUGAUUUUUGUAGGCUAGUGUACAUACGUAACGCCGUGGGUCAAGAGCGAUGCUCGAUUCCAUUCUGUGAUUUGCCUUGAAUUUAGAGUGAUUUUAAGAUUCUAUGCUCGGAAUUGACACGUGAAGGGUAGAUCUACCGCCUCUGCGUUAAAGUUCUAUUCCUAUCGUUGAUGAUGGCAACGGGGAUGAUAAAUAAUGGACAUUUUAUUCGAUUUGAAUUCUCCACGCGUUUUAAUCGAUGCUGAUUGAGAUUGUGGGUGAAAUUAUUCAGAGACUGAUUGCACAUCGCCAUUGCGUGGAUAGAUGAAUAAAAUUGUUCCAUAUUUUUUUAUUUAUUUAUUCUACCUCGUUGCCGUCCGAUAAAGUUUAAGGAAUAUUGGAAAUCGUGUCGUCUCAUUGAUAAUAAUUUGUUUCAUUCUCUGUUGAGUCGCGUAGACUUUUAUUAUUAUUCUUUUUAUCGUGAGACGUUCGAUUGGAUGAAUAAAAAUGGAAGAGAAGUUCUAAAUGGGGAUACGUUUAUUGAAUUUGUUAUAGAAAGAUUCCGAGCAGAUAUUCUUUGAAUAUAUAUAUUAAUAAUGAGAAAUUCUUAGGAAAGGGUUUGAAUUCGAGCUCGUCGUUAAACACUCUUGACCACGGUUGAGCAUGCUUGCGUAAACUAGACUCGUCCGUAUAUUUUUAAGUGAUGUGAAAGAUUCGUACAAUAAAAGGAUGAAAAAUUCGUGAAAUA